AUGAAUUAUGCAAUCAUCACCGCAUUACUUCUAUUUGCAAGCAUUCAGUUUGUAUCGAUAUUUGGAGAACUUUCAUUGCUAGAUCAUGCGCUGUUUAACUUUACGGUGAGCUUAAUGCAAAAAAUAGCGAAGGACGAUAAAUCAGCCAUUCUAUCUCCUCUUUCUGUAUCAACUUCACUGUUUAUGGUUUACCUCGCAGCGGAUGGCAAAACGAAGGAGCAAUUGCAGAAAAUUCUUGGUGGAACUGCAAGGACAUCUGAUCUUCGACAAUACUUCGCCAAUCAAAUAGCUGAUAGCGCAAACAUAAAAAGCAAAAAAUACAAGUUGAAUGUAGCAAAUCGUUUUUGCAUAAGGGAGGGAUUUUCUGUAAAAGACAGCUUCAAAAGAAUGCUCCGAAUGUAUUACAACGAAACAAUGCAUGAAUUUAGUUUUGAGAAGAGGAAGGAAUUUGUUAAGGAAAUCAAUAAAUGGAUUUCGAGUAAAACAAACAAGAAAAUUAAAGAUUUAAUAAAUGAGGACAGUAUCAACAAGGAUACAAAUAUUUUGCUCAUGAAUGCAAUUUACUUCAAAGCCACUUGGAAAAAACAAUUCAUGAAGAUUUUGACCAAAGAAAGAGAAUUUCACAUUUCUGAAAACGAAAUGAAACGAAUACCGAUGAUGAUGAAUGACAUUAAAUUGCUUUAUUACGAAGAUAAUCUUGUGCAAGUUAUCAAACUACCUUAUACUCGCCCUAAAAUAGAAAUGGUUUUCAUACUGCCAAAAGCACGCUUCGGCUUAUCUGAUGUUCUAGCAAAAUUAACGGGUGAAGAUCUAUUCAAAUAUAUUAAUGAUGCAAAAAAAAACUACGUUACCGUCAUUAUACCAAAAUUUCAAGUGAAAGAAAAAUUAGAUCUGAAAGAAGCUCUACAAAAAAUUGGCAUCACAGAUGUUUUCAGUGGAACAGGCAGUUUUGGAGAGCUAGUAAAUAAUACAGUUUCAGUUUCUAUUGGCAAAGUUAUGCAUGCAGGCUUCAUUGAGAUAGAUGAAAAAGGAACGGAAUCAACGGCUGCCACAGUAGUUGAUUUAAUAGAUCGUAUGGGUACGCAGCGUCGUUUUGUUGCUGAUCAUCCAUUCCUCUUUGCAAUUGUUGACAAUUUGAAGACUGUUCUAUUCAUAGGUCAAUAUGUGAAAUGA